AUGCGCCGCUCGGCGUCGGCGUCGGGCGCGCUGAUCGACGAGGAGCAGUUCGAAGAGCUGACUGCGGUCUUCGACCACUCUGCGGUAGGCAAUCUCGCCACCUCCGUCGUAAGCUUUGUGAAGGACCACGUCCGGCACCCCGCAGUCGCGCCCGCCGCGCGGAGCCCGUCGCCCACCACGCACGCCAACCACCACCAGCCCUCACGGCCGGUGUCGCACAUCGACCUUGGCCACUACCACCCAGGAGCCCGCCACUACGCGUGGCUCAAGUGGGCCUCUUCGCACAGCGACUGGCGGCUCCACCUGCAGCUCUUCCUCGACGACCCGAGCCGCUCGCUCGCGGCGCGCGCCUUCUCGCUCGCCAUCACCGCCGCCAUCCUGGCGCAGGCGCUGCUGAUGAUGGUCGAGACGGGGUCGUGGGGCGCCGUCCCCGACGACUGCGCCACGUGGGUCGCCGGCUGGGUGCUCACCGCCUUCUUCUCGGUCGAGCUCGUCCUCGUCACGAUCUCCAAGCGCAACGUCUCAGAGAUGUUCUCCUCGCCGUACUGGUGGGUGGACUUGAUCUCGGUCGUCCCCGACUGGACCGUCCUCGUGAUUGACGCGGCGCGCGGAGCGGCGAGCUUAGCGAGCGGCAGCUCCAUCAACGGCUGCGGCUCGGAAGCCGCCAGCGCAAACAACCCCGUCCAGGUCGCCGGCGACAUGCUGGAGGUGUUCCGCGUGGUUCGCAUCCUCAAGAUUGCGCGGUACAACCCCGACUCCACCGUCCUCUUCAAAGCCCUCUCCCUCUCAGCGCGCGCCCUCGCCGUCCCCGUCGUCUUCGUCCUGAUCGGCGCAUUCUUCUUCGGCGCGAUGCAGCCGAGAUGCUUCGCCUUUUCGAUACCGCCGCGAGCAUGCGCCAUCCUCUACUACGUGGAGCACAUCGAGCUGGUGAUCCUCCGCGCCGACCGCUCGGGAGGCUCGCCUUUCGGCGACAUCGGCGAGGCCAUCUGGUGCAUGCUCGUCACCUUCACCACCGUCGGGUAUGGAGACGUCUCCCCGGAAGGGCACGCGGGCAAGGUCGUCGGAUCAGUGGCCAUCCUGGCAGGAGUGGUGCUGCUGGCGAUGCCUCUCGCCAUCGUCGGCAACAACUUUUCAAAGGCGUGGGAGGAGCGCUCCAAGGUGCAGCUCAUCCUGCGGGUGCAGCGCACCUGCAUCGACCGCAACAUCUCCCUCAACGGCAUGCUGCAGCUCUUCGAAGAGGCGGACACCGACCGAUCCGGCUUCCUCGACUACCUCGAGUUCCACCGGCUGCUCGACGAACUCGGCCUCGACUACACCGCCUCGGAGGCGCCAGCACUUCCAGAUCUCGACGAGAUCUCCGACGACAUCUCGGCGCCAUCUCGGCUAUCUCGGCCUCUUUGCCUCGCAGGCGCGGCGUCCGGCAUGGACGGCUUCAUCCGCUCGCUGCACUUGCACCGGCGAGAGCAGGCGCGCGCGCAGGGCCGCCGCACAGGUGGCCGCGCGCCCUCCUCCAUCUUGAGCCAGUCCGCCGCCAACCUGCCCGCCGCCGGCGCGGUCCGCUCGCCGCUGCAGCGCCCCACGCCGCUGCAGCGCCCAAGCUCAGACAUCGGCCUCGAGCGCUACCUCAAGCCGCGAGGCCGUACCGGCAACCUCUCGCCGCAGUGGCGUUCGUCCGACGGCGGCGACGCGGGCGCGGGCCUCUCGUCGGCGUCGGCGCAGCGCGAGGUGGUCGCGCUGAUGGAGCGGAUGCAGCGCCGCCAGGCGGCCCUCGCGUCCAGUGUCGAGCGGAUCGAGCGCCACCUCGCGCGCGGGGGAGGCGGAGGCGGUGGCGGAGGCCGCGGCAGUGGUGGGGCCGCGGGCGGGUCGUCCGGCGACGAGGAGUCGGAGGAGGGAGGGUGGGACGUGGCGCGGGGGGCGCGGCUGCGGGGGGAGGAGCUGUCGGAGAUGCCCGCCUUGCCGCCGUCGCUCACCUCGCCCGCAGCCGGUCCUCGGUAA